AUGGCUAAGAAGAGCAAGGUUUUGAUCAUCGGAGGUAUUGGCUACAUCGGAAAGUUUAUCGUUCAAGCGAGCGCGAAGGCCGGCCAUCCGACCUUCGCUUUGAUUAGAGAGACCACGGGCAACGACCCUGGUAAGGCGACGAAGGCCGGCCAUCCAACCUUUGCUCUGCUUAGAAGCACGGUCAACGACCCUUCUAAGGCUAACCUCAUUGAGAAGUUUAAGAACUUGGGUGUCACUUUGCUCUACGGAAAUCUUUAUGACCAUGAGAGUUUGGUGAAGGCGAUCAAACAGGUGGACGUUGUGAUAUCAACGGUGGGUUUCAAGCAAUUUGCAGACCAAACCAAGAUCAUUGCAGCCAUCAAAGAAGCUGGCAAUGUCAAGAGAUUUUUCCCGUCGGAGUUUGGAAACGAUGUGGAUCGAGUGCAUGCGGUUGAGCCAGCCAAGUCUACGUUUGACGUCAAGGUCCAAAUCCGGCGUGCUGUUGAGGCUGAGGGCAUUCCCUACACUUAUGUCAACAACAACUUCUAUGCUGGCUACUUUCUGUCCUCAUUGGCACAGCCAGGUUCCACUUCUCCACCCAGAGACAAAGUCACCAUCUUAGGGGAUGGAAAUCCUAAAGCUGUCUUUAACAAGGAAGAUGACAUUGCAACCUAUACAAUCAGGGCCGUUGAUGAUCCAAGAACAUUGAACAAGAUCCUCUACGUGAAACCUCCCCAGAACAUCUACUCAUUCAAUGGGCUUGUUGCCCUGUGGGAGAAGAAGAUUGGCAAAGUCCUUGAAAAAGUCUAUGUCCCAGAGGACAAAGUUCUCAAGGAUAUUGAAGAGGCCCCAACUCCAAUCAAUGUGAUAUUAGCAAUCAACCACUCAGUGUUUGUGAAGGGAGAUCAGACCAACUUCGAAAUCGAGCCGUCGUUUGGAGUCGAAGCUUAUGAGCUCUACCCUGAUGUGAAGUACACAACUGUGGACGAGUACCUCGAUCAAUUUGUUUGA